AUGACUGUCUCUGUAACUUCUGCUUCUGUUUUGUUUUUAAACUAGUACAGGCAAUUAAAGAACAUAUCCCUGGGGACGCUUGGUUACGAACAUGAAGGGUCAGGUUUAAAGAUCUGUAAACAACAGUACAAGAAAAGCACGAUGCUUCCCUCCAAUGGCACGCUGAACAUAGAUGUUUCUACUGAAACAGAAUGUGUCUUUUUUAAGCCGCAGGAGCUGGCUGGUAAGAAGGCUGAGCUGAAGCUGAACUCCUCUUUCUUCAGUCUUGAUUUUUACAGGCUUAUACAGGUUGAAAUCUCCUUCAAGCUGAAAGGCAUUGCUCUGCAGACAAUCCAUGCGCGUGAAUUGCCUGACUGCUAUGCAUUUCAAAAUACUAUAACUUUUAAUAAUAGAGCCCACAGUGGAAAAAUCAAAAUCUAUUUUGAUAGCGACACUGAUAUUCUAGAAUGCAAAGACUGGCACGUAUUUGGCUCUGUUCUGCAGAAGAACACUCAGUAUCUUCUGGUCUUUGAUGGAUUUGUCAUUUUAAGCUGCGUUGUUUCUCUCAUCCUCUGUUCGCGAUCCAUUGUUCUUGCCUUGAGACUACAAAAAAGAUUUGUGAACUUCUUCUUGGAGAAAUACAAUCGUCGUGUCUGCCAUGCUGAUCGCUUGGAGUUCAUUAAUGGGUGGUAUGUCCUGGUAAUUAUCAGUGAUGUGAUGACAAUCAUUGGGUCAAUCCUAAAAAUGGAAAUAAAAGCCAAGAACCUCACAAGUUACGAUGUCUGCAGCAUUUUACUGGGAACAUCGACUUUGUUUGUCUGGGUUGGAGUCAUCAGAUACCUGGGAUAUUUCCAAACCUACAAUGUGCUCAUUUUAACUAUGCAGGCAUCAUUGCCCAAAGUGCUCAGGUUUUGUUGUUGUGCUGGGAUGAUUUAUCUUGGCUAUACUUUCUGUGGUUGGAUUGUUCUGGGACCUUAUCAUGAAAAGUUUGAAGAUCUGAACACAGUGGCGGAGUGUCUGUUUUCUUUGGUCAACGGUGAUGAUAUGUUCGCAACAUUUGCUCAGAUCCAGCAGAAGAGCACGCUGGUGUGGAACUUCAGUCGGUUAUACCUGUACUCCUUCAUUAGUAUGUUUAUUUACAUGAUCCUCAGCCUCUUCAUUGCACUCAUUACUGACUCCUAUGACACCAUAAAGAAAUACCAACAAAGUGGGUUUCCAGUAACAGAUCUACAUGAAUUUCUAAAAGACCAUGGCAGUGUGGGUUACAGAAAAGAACGGACCUCUGUGCCAUUCAUCUGCUGCUGCAGGAGACGACAGAGUGAUGACAACCUGAUAAUUAUUAAUUGA